UGGAUUAGUGGGCUGCUGCUGCAACUUUUGUCGGAAAGCACAGCUCAACAUACAUAUGGCAACACCUGCGUUAGGAAUCUGGAAAAGGUGGCGCCCCAGGGCCAUCCAGGCCACUAUUUUCGCCUAGCUGAUUUCGCAUUGUUAAAUCCGUCUCUGUGUUUGAUAAGGUAGGUUUAGGGUUAGGGUUGGGUUUGGGACAGGGAAAGAGGGAUAUCAUAUCAGAAAUGGCUUCUGCAAGAAAUGGAGAGAUGAGUUUGAUUUCGUGGUCUAAUCUUCCUGAAGAUCUGCUGGCUUCCAUUGGUAAACGCAUGGAAGACCACUUCGAUAUUGUUCGCUUCCGUGCUGUAUGCCACUCAUGGCGAUGUUCAAUUGCUGCUCCUAGCAAAUUUCCACCUUUGCCUUUGGAGCUUCACUUUCUCACUCACGAUCAUGUCCACCCUAUUGCUACCUUUUCUGUCUCCCGAAGAACAGUCUUUCGCCUUGAGCUACCUGCAGAAUAUGAAAGUUCUCAGGCUCCUUUCAACAACGCCUGGUUGAUCAAGGUGCAAGAAGAGGAGGAUGGAGGCAAGGUGCGCCUGAUAAAUCCAUUCUCAAGGUUUCCAAUGAAAACCUUACUCGAUUCUUUUCCAAAGGAAUUGAACUUGCUCAACUUCCGGCUCAAACAGAUAAGUACUACUUUCAGUAUUGAAAGAUCUGAUCCAUUUGAUAGUUCUGACGAGGGCAGCGAAGAUGAUGAAGACGAGGUUGAUAGAGAAGGGCCUAUGUCCUGCAAGGUGGCCUUCUCACGUGGACCUCGUCCAAACGAUGUGAACAGCCAUGGGGUUUUCUCUAUCAUAGGAGGAGAGCUGUACUCGAUGAGGAUCGGUGACGAGCUAUGGACUUCGAUGGACUGUGCUGAUACCUAUCGGGACAUUACGAAUUACAAAGGAAACGUCUUCGCUGUGAUCAGAAAUGGGAUAUGCUCAAAGAAUAAUGGUGCUUCACUGAGUAUGACUCAUCUUGUCCUGCCUCCAAGAUCCUUCAGCGGCGAGAGGUACCUUGUGGAGUCUUGUGGGGAUCUUUUCUUGGUCUCCAGAGACUUCACCACCUGCUUAAAUCUUAUCUACUAUGACAAUGAUUACAAAUGUUUUGUCAAACGGGAAGGUGCUACUGAAAUACCAUUUAAAUUCGAGGUCUUUAAGAUGAAUAACAUUAGCCCAAGUCCAAUGGUGUUUCAAUGGGAAGCCGUGAGUAAUUUGGGUGAUAGAAUAUUUUGUGUGAGUAGAGAUUGCUCAUACUCAGUUGCUGCUCAAGAUUUCCCUGGAUGCAAAGGGAAUUGCAUUUACUUUGUAGAUGAACUGGUAGAUGUGCACGAUUACGUGAUCGACGAUAACAAAAUAUUUGUUUACAAUUUAGAAGAUGGUAGUGCAGCUCCUCUUUUAGCUUUUCCAGGCCUCCCUAAUAUAUUCUGGCCACCACGGGCGUGCUUAUCUUCAUCCGGAAAAUGAAGCUUUUAUAUGGAGUGAUGUCCUUCCAGCUUCAAAUGCUCUAUAUAUGUAUCAUGUUACUGCUGGCUUGAUCCUGGAAGAAGAAUUGUGCGGAGGUUUUCUGAUCUGACGUUCUUCAACCUGAGUGUUGCAUAAGGUGGGAGCUGUUAUGCCUCCUAUGUGGGUGCAUUGAGCUUCUUGUUGUUGUUGUUGUAUAUUUGCUUAGUGUGAGAACAAAAGGUUUGCUUUUCAAGUUGUGUGUUUGCUUAAUCAAGCUUUUAUGCUGAACUCCAUGGAUAGUUUGGACUAUGAGCUUUUAUCCACAGUUGCAACUGCUUUCAAUCUAUAAAGUUCG